ACAUUACAUUAAAUCAAAGCAAAUAAAAUAUACACAUUUGAUCAGGUAGCACACCACGAGUGCACUGACUGGAUCAAUGACCACUAAAACGUCUAGAUAAUACAAGUGUGUAUAUAACAAGUGUGUGUUUUGUAUUAAAGCUAUCAAGGUCAAGGUCUAAACUUUUCAUAUUAUAUUUGACACACUUAAACUGUCAAAGUUGAAUGUCAGACUUACGCGUUUAUCACAUUUUCUGGGAUCUAAAUUGUUUAAAGGUGAAGUAAUGGUAUGACAGCUGUCGUAUGUAGCUCAUGUUUUAAGAUAGCAGUAUCGUGUUGUACGUGUCACACUUGUACAACUACAACAAUUUCUGUGCAGAAACGGAAUAUUUAUAUACAUCAAGAUGACGUCACGAGUUUCCUUACAUACUAGGAUAGUGGCACUUGCAGCCUCAUCAUUUGGUUUCAGUCUGGUGAGCUCGGCAUUCAGCUUUUAUUAUGUGAAAGUAUUUCUAAACCACUAUCACAUAGAAGAAAGCUGGUUUCAACUGUCCCAGACACUCUUCAUGAUUUGGAAUGCCAUUAACGACCCUCUGUUUGCAUAUUUUCAAGACAGUACAAACUUCAGAUGCUCAAGAACUCGACGUGAAAGUGUUUUGUACGCAGCACCAUUAUUUGCUCUCUCAUUUCUCGUUCCAUGGUUUCCAUGGGGAGAUCCAGAGACGCUGCAGCCAUGGGUUACUGGAAUUCAUCUGAUAACUGCUUUAUGCUUCUGGGACACAAUGUAUACAUACGUCGGUUUGGCUGCGUGCUGUUUAUUCACGGAACUGGCGUCUGAUAAUGAAGCAAGACUUAAAAUGAUAAGGUACAAUCAUAUAGGAUGUUUAGUGGGAUCAUCAAGUAUUUUUAUUUUGCAAUACAUGUCAAAUCAAUUAGAAAAUUUCCAAGCUUUCCAAGUAGGUUGUGUUGGUGUUGCAGUUUUAAGUUGUUUGUUACAUAUUUAUUGCGGCAAAUAUGCACAUACUGAAAGAGAAAUUCAACAAGAAAAAGACGUAAAAUGUGGGAAACCUAAAGUUAUAAAAUCACAAGAAUACUCCUAUUUUACACUUACCAAGCAAAUACUAUUUAACAGGGACUUUCUUGCUUUUGUUAUAACGAACUUUUUUCAAGAAUUUCAUAGGACUUUCUUAUCGAACUUUUUUGCAAUAUUUGCGGACCAGUUGAUAGUAAAAGGAGCCAUUCCAUCAUUUGUACGGAGCUUGUUUUAUGGAGCCAGUUCUGCUGUUCCAAAGAUGGUAGUGAUAUUAGGAACUGGUGUUGUGGGCAGGUUUGGAUAUUUUAAAGUGAUACGUUACAGUCAAGUGUUUAUGAUGGUGUAUGGAUUGUUUUAUUUCAUGAUAGGAAUGGGCAACCACUGGUGGCUUAUGUUGUUUAUGUUGACAGAAAGCAUUUUUGCAGACGGUAUUUUUUCACUGUUCAAUCUUCCACUCUCUGAUAUAGCCGACAAUGAUUUGGCACGAUACAACCGAAGACAUCCGGUAACCUCGAUGGUUUACGGUAUGAACGCCCUGGUGGUGAAACCUGCUAUAUCCUUAAGUCCUAUGUUAGUUGUUAAAGUACUUAACACCUAUGGAUACGACCAUUUAAAAGACGGAACACUAACUGCCACAGAUGUCCGAGAACUUAGCAGCGUGAUGUUUAACUUAUUAUGUCUUUUUCCAUGUGUUAUUGGAUUUAUUCAGUUUUGUUCAUGGUCAUUUUAUUCUAUCAGAGGAAAGAAACCUGUAGAAAUCACGUGUGUAGUUUUAGCAGGUGGAAAUGAAUGCUCUACUUAAAAUGCAAAAUUUAAAUGUGUUAAAACUAUGAAACAAUCAAUGUGUUAAAAUAUGAAACAAUCAAUGUGUUAAACUAUGAAACAAUCAAUGUGUUAAACUAUGAAACAAUCAAUGUGUUUAACUAUGGAAAAAAACAGUGUGUUAAACUAUGAAACAAUCAAUGUGUUAAAAUAUGAAACAAUCAUUGAAUGUGUUAAAAUAUGAAACAAUCAAUGUGUUAAAAUAUGAAACAAUCAAUGUGUUAAACUAUGAAAUAAUCUUAAAAUCAUAGGCUUUUAUUUGUUCUGGUGUUAAACAUAACUUAUUUGGUUAAAUGCUAAUCUAAGUAUAUUAAUUAAAUGAAAUGAAUACUAUGUUUCAUGCAUGAUUUUUUGGAUAAGAUAUUGUAAUUAUUGCUGUUACUUUUUUCUGCUGUUUCUUUGUUUAUUGGCUGAUGAUUCUUUGUUAGUUGGCUACAGUAGCU